AUGACCUCGAUUCAGAUUGGCGGCCCUCAGGGCCAGCAUAUUGGAUCCAUUGAGUCUUCUAUGACAGAUAGAAUGGCCGAGUACACCAUGCCAACAGCAGAGCAUCUCAUACGACAGGCUUUGCGCAAGCGAAUCGACAGCCUCGAUGCAAAAUUUGUUUCGCACAACCAAGAAGAUGCAUUCUUUGUGGCAGAUCUUGGGGAAAUCUUCAGACAACACCUUAUCUGGAAACAACUCUUGCCAUGCGUCAAGCCAUUCUAUGAAGCUGUGAAGUGUAAUCCGCAUCCAGCAGUUCUGGAGCUCUUGUACAAUCUCGGGACGGGAUUCGAUUGUGCCUCGAGAAAUGAAAUAGAGCAGAUCCUUAAGCUAGGUGCUGACCCGAAGCGAAUAAUAUACGCUCAUCCUUGUAAGGCAUUGUCUUAUAUCCACUAUGCGAAAGCGGUUGGCGUUGAAAGGAUGACAUUCGACAAUGCAGAUGAGUUGUACAAGAUCAAGGAUGUGUUUCCUUCUGCCUGCCUCCUGCUUCGUAUCUCAACAGAUGAUUCUACUAGUCACUCUCCUCUGAGUAAGAAGUUCGGAGCCGACAGUGCUACAGUCGGUUCACUUCUGGCUAUUGCUCAAGAACUCGACCUAAAUAUCAUUGGUGUGAGCUUCCACGUUGGAUCAGGAGCUUCUGACCCCAUGACAUUUGUCAAUGCGGUCCGAGAUGCAAAUCGAGUAUUUAGUCAAGCGUCAGCCUUUGGGUUCAACUUGAGCGUACUCGAUGUUGGAGGUGGUUUCUGCAAAGAAAGCUUCGAGAACAUGGCUUGGCACCUUCGUCACGAAUUAGACAUUUAUUUUCCGUCCUCAAGGGGAAUCGAAAUUAUAGCAGAGCCUGGAAGAUACUAUGUUGCCUCUGCAUUUACACUUGCCACCAGUGUUAUUGCUCGUCGCAUCACCCAUGGUGCAACUUAUCAACAAAAUGGUCAUAUGAUAUAUAUUCAGGAUGGAACCUACGGUAAUUUCUCUGGCGUUCUUAUCGACCACGACCUACCUAUUGCCAGAAUUCUCCGAUCCAACGGCAAAAUUCUCUACGGUACACGAGAUGCCAACCCUUUGAAGUCGAAUGAUGGUGUUCUGUAUUCGAUCUGGGGAGCAACAUGUGAUGGAGCUGAUUGUGUGGUCAAGACUACUCGCUUCAAGGCGACGAUCAAAAUCGGAGACUGGCUCUACUUCGAUAACAUGGGCGCCUACACCUCAAGCUCUGUCACUCAUUUCAAUGGGUUUCCAAUGUCUAAUGAUGUUGUAUGGGUCUGCAGCGAAGCUUCUCUUCCUCAAUAUGUAAAAGGAUAG